GUCAGCAAGGAUCUCCCUAGUGGUCACCAUUGUUUGUUAAUUCUUCUUGUUUUUUCGCAUUGUUCAAUAAAAAGCUUUACCUUAAAAGAAAAAUAAUUGAGAUGGAAUCGAUAAAAUUAAUACCUCUCGAAGAAGAACUGAAAAGAAAUCCAGAAUUGAAUUUAUCGGAUAUAAAAUCUUUGAGAGAGUGGCUGAAUAAGCAGCCCCAUUUGCCGGCCAUGACGGAUAGCGAGUUGGCCCUAUUUUUGCAUAGUAAUUAUUACCGAUUGGAGCCGACGAAAUCCACGAUCGAUACGUUUUACAGCGUCAGAACGCACGUGCCGGAAUUUUUCGAUGGCAGAGAUCCUCUGAACGAUCCAGGACUCGAGCAAAUAAUGAAAGUAGUUUUAAACAUGCCAUUGGAACGAUCGACCAAGGACGGCUAUCGCGUCAUUUACGGAGCUCUGCAGGAUUUCGACGCGAGCCAUUACGAUUACACCUUGAACAUGAAGCUCUUUGCCAUGGUCAUGGACCUGUGGCUCUAUACCGAGGGCACGACCAAAGGCCACGUCAUAAUUAUCGAUCUCAAGGGCCUGGUAAUGGGCCACUUGGCUCACUUCAGCCCGAUGGCCCUGAAAAAGUUUCUCUAUUAUUUGCAAGAGGGCCUGCCGGUCAGGCUCAAGGGUUUUCACUUUUUCAAUACGAAUCCCGUCAUGGAUCUGCUCAUGAACAUCAUGCGUCCCUUCAUGAAGAAAGAAUUGCUCGAUGUCCUUCACUUGCAUCAAAAGGUCGAAGGCAUCGAGGCCUUCAACAUCCCCGUGGAUAUACUGCCGAACGAGUCCGGAGGCAAAGCGGGACCCCAAAGAGAGCUGUUUGCGACCGAGGCCGACAAAUUGAGGCAACAUCGUGACUGGUUUCUGCAGGACGAAAAAACUAAGAGGGUCGACGAGUCGAAGCGGCCCGGCAAGGCGAAAUCUGCCAAUGAUCUUUUUGGCGUUGAAGAAACGAUGAGCAAGAUGGAUAUCUACGUGACGUUCGAGGAGGAAUUGAAGAAGAAUCCGGAGUUGCGCAAGUCCGACAUCCAAGCCCUGCGAGAUUGGUACGAGAAGCAGCCUCACCUGCCGAAGAUCCGCGACAGCGAGCUGGCCUUGUUUUUGCACAGCAAUUACUAUCGCAUGGAACCCACGAAGAUAACGCUCGACACGUUCUACACGAUUAGGACGCACGUGCCGGAAUUUUUCGGCAAUCGAGACCCCGUCGGUUCGAAGGAGCUCCGAACCACCUUCAAAGUCGCAUCCACCAUACCGCUGGAAAAACCGACGCGCGAUGGCUACAAGGUCUUGUUCGCCAAGCUCAUCGAUUACGACCCCUCCAAGUACAACUACUACGACAACAUGAAGUUCUUUAAUAUGAUUCUCGAUCUGUGGAUGUACAGCGAGGGCACCAUGAAGGGCCACAUCAUUCUCAUCGACGUGAACAACGUCACUCUGGGUCACGCGGCUCGCUUGAAUCCGAUCGGCUUGAAGAAAUUUUUAGUUUAUUUGCAGGAGGGAUUGCCGGUCAGGCUCAAGGGUUUGCACUUCAUGAACACGAAUCCCGUGAUGGACGUCAUCUUGAACAUGAUGAAACCUUUCAUGAAGAAGGAACUCAUGGAUGUGCUGCACUUGCACUCGUCGCUCGAGAGUCUGGAUAAGCACAUACCUUUGGAAAUUUUACCGAACGAGCUUGGUGGCAAGGCCGGAGCAUUGGCGGAUAUGCAUCAAGCUCAACUGGCAAAACUCGAGGCGCAUCGUGACUGGUUCUUGAACGACGAGGCCAAGUCUCGCGUCGACGAGAGCAAGCGCCCGGGCAAAGCCAAGUCCGCUACCGAUUUGUUCGGCGUCGAGGGAAGUUUCAAGAAACUCGAUAUCGAUUGAUUGAUUUAUUUGCCAAAGAGUCGAAUAAAAUAUACUCUGCAUAGAUGAAAUAAUCAUCAUUACUUCGUAUCAA